AUGGGAGUAGGAGGAUUAGCAGAUUAUAUUAGUACAUAUUAUCCAUCAGUUGUUAGAUUCCAACAACAACAACAACAUGGUGUAGGAGUUGGAGGAGGUAGACCAAGAUAUGAUCAUUUGGCAGCAGGAUCAUCGUAUAUGAGUGUUGGACAACUACGUAAUAAAUUGGGAGGUAGACAUUCAAACAAUACACGCGGUGCUGAAACUACACACUUGUUUAUGGAUAUGAAUAGUAUCAUUCAUACUAUAUUUAGAAGAAAUCCCAAUACAGAUACAUCUAAAAUCUACAAACAAAUCAAUAUGCGUAUCAAGCAAACUGUAGAUGAACACUUUCCCGUUAAAACUCUAUUCCUUACUACUGAUGGACCUGGUCCAAGAGCUAAAAUACCUCUUCAACGUAAAAGAAGAUCAAAGUCUAAAGAAGAUGGAAUAAGUAGUUCAUUGAUUACACCAGGUACAAUGUUUAUGAGUGGAUUAAAGGAUAGUUUAGCAAACUAUUUCAAACAUUCAAGAUCUGUAUCGAGUGCAAUCAUCUCUGCAAGUGAUCGUUAUGGUGAAGGUGAAUUCAAAAUCUUUGAAUAUAUUAAUAGUAAAACUUGGACCGACCAAGAUUCUGUCAUUGUUUUUUCAGAUGAUUCAGAUGUUAUUUUAUGUUCAAUGUUGAGUAGUGCACCAAAUAUCAUUGUCAAAGGUACAUCAUCAACCAAAUGUUACCAUAUUGCUGAUCUUAAACAACAAUUAAUUGCAUCUGCUCCAUUAAUUAAUCCAAAACAAUUAAUAGAAGAUUUUGUAUUUUUAAAUUUAUUUAGAGGAUCUGAUUAUUAUCCAAGGAUGGAUGGAUUUAAUUUUGUUAGAUCAUGGACUGCCUAUUUGGAAGAGAAAUCUAAAAAGGGAUUAUAUAAUCCAAAAACAAGAUCUAUCAACAAGGAGUUAUUACAAAAGAUAUUUAAUAUUGGAGAAGGAGCAGUAGGAGGAGGAGGCGACUCGGUUAAUUCAUUGAGACAAUUAUCUUGGAAUACUUCUCUAAAGAAUUAUAUUGCAAUGACUUGGAGUCAUUUGGGAUUUAAAUUUGGUAAAAAUAAUAUUAUCUCUAAUAAUAACAAGAACAACAAAGAAGGGACUACCUCGACUACGACUACGACUACAGAACCUUCAAUCGUCGAAGAGAUUGAAUCAAAACUUCUAAGACCAACAUUUUCAAAAGAGGGUAAUGGUCAAUAUUACAUGACAUUGGAUGGCAUUAAACAUGGACCAUUCAAAGUAGACGCUAAAUAUGAAAAUGUUGAUGGAUGGGCUGAUCUUUCUCCAAUAGUGUCACGUGCAAUAUUGACAGAACCAGACAAUAUCUUUUUAAAUUAUUAUCAACCUCAAUUGUCUGCUGAAAAGUAUCAAAUCCUCAAAUCAAAGAGAACCAGUUUUGCAAUGGAGAUUGAAGAUCAAGAGAAUGCAUCACCACCCGAUGUUGGACAAUACAUGCAAUGUGUCAUUUGGUUGAUGGAACUACUAAAGGGUAAAUGCACAAAUUUCCAUCAUCGAUACCUCCCAAAAUACUCGCCAUCAAUCAACCACUUUUCAUCACUUUCAAAAUUAAACAACAAAGAAUUGGAUCGAUUCGCAUUGCCAUUGACCCCUCUCGAAUGUAAUAUUGCCCUUACCCAUCAAAAAACAAUUCACAAUGUACAUCCAAUCUUUCAUUCAAUCAUAAAUCAUUCAAAUCAUUUUAGUUUAAUUGAUUAUAUCGCUGAACAAGCAUGGAAUGAUGAAGAAUCAGUAAAUAAUUUAUUAAAACAAAUUAAUGAAACUGAUACAAGUUUAUUAAAUGAAAAGGAAAAGAGGUUAAUGACAUUUUCACCAACCGUCAUUUACACAAAAUCAGGCAAUCAAAUAUAUUAUCAAGAGGAGAAAUUGGCAAAUGAAACCAAUAAGAUUCCACAUAUUUAUUCAGAAAGAAAACCAUAUAUCGAAGAUAUUAUACCACCAGUUGAAGAAGAGGAAUUACCAGAUCCAUUAAAUCAACAAUCGUCGGCAUUUGAACCAUCAACUGCUGAACCAUUUAAAACAUUUAAUUCAUUUAAAGAAUCUCAAGAUAAACUUAGUAAUUUAAUCAAAUCAAAUGCUAAUCAUAGAAAAACAACAAUGUUAAAUAACUUUAACAAGAAUAAUAAUAAUCAGAAUAAUCAGAAUAUUAAUAACGAUACUUUUAAUAUUAAUAUCAAUAUUAAUGAAAAUUAA